AUGGCUUCAAGAUCUUCUGCCGGGCCUACGGGCCAUGUGACAGUCUCCCCUGAGAUGAAAAAGCCCCAGUCGAUCUCGGUAGGCGGCUUCCGCAUCUCGACGCAAAAGCUUCCUAUCCUCAAGGCCGAGCCGAUCGACGAGAUGACCAAGCAGCUGGGCAUUGCGCCCCCAGAGAUGAUCUUUGGUGAUAAUCACGUCACCAUUGAGCAUCAAAAGUCGGGUUGGGGCAUUGAUUUCAACGCUUUUGACGCGCUUGAUCGGGUCGAUAAGACUGGCCAGUCGAUGCUGCAAGUUGCGCACUCGAAAGAAUGGCAGCAAAGCAGAGAAAAAACCCACGAGGGCAUCAAAGAGGUUGUCAAGCCCUUCGACUGGUCAUACAGUACCGAUUACAAGGGCACAUUAAGCCUCAAUGCGCCGCCAUUCGAGCCGACCGAAAAGCCCAUUCCCGUUGAAUUACUGAAACGCCCAGAUCCCAUCCUCUUCUUCGAUGAGGUGGUCUUGUAUGAGGAUGAGCUUGCAGACAACGGGAUUGCCAUGUUGUCAUGCAAGAUCCGCGUCAUGCCCGGGCGACUUCUACUGCUAUCUCGGUUCUUCAUGCGCCUGGAUAACGUCUUGAUUCGAUUGCGGGACACUCGCGUAUACGUGGACUUUGAAACGCGGGAAGUGAUACGAGAGUAUCAGGCUAAAGAGUGCGAGUAUGAGAAGGUCAGACAGAUCCUCGCAGCUACUCGUGACGAUAUUCCGGCAUUGAUGCGAGACCCGAACCGGCUCUCUGAGAUCUUGCCGAUUGUAGAGAAGAGCUCUGAACGUGUGGUUCUAGAUGACUAA